AGCCGCUGACCAAUGGGCCGAGCGCUGGUGGCGUGCUCGGCGCAUGGGCAGCCCCGCUGGCCCCUCGCCUGCAAGGACAGUCUCAAAGACGGCGGUUCAAGCCGGGGGCGGGGCCUCGUGCAAGCGUGAGAAUAAAAGGCAAAGAGCCGUCGGCAGUGAAAGCACAACUGGGAACGCCUUCGUGGAUGGAAAAAAGACCCAAACAAACCCGGAAAGGAAGAGCAAGCCGAUCGGUUGCUAAAAAGCGCCGCAGACGAUUUCGCUCUGGUUUUGUGACUUUGGUCUGACUGCAGCUGAACCAUGGAGACCAUGCAGGAACUGAUCCCCUUUGCCAAGGAGAUGCUGCGCCAGAAGCCAAAUAGGAAGAUGGUCAAAAUGUACAUGCUUGGGAGCGUGCUGGCCUUUGUCGGCGUGGUUAUUGGCCUGGUAGAGACUGUCUGUAGCCCCUUCACCUCUGAAGGGAAGCUGGAAGACCAGGAGGCGGAGGAAGAGGAAAAAAAGAGGCCUGCUUCCCUGACACACGAGGAGGUUGUUCUCCCAAAACAGGAGGAGGUAAUCUUGGAGAAGAGCAAGCAGGCCGUGGCCCUAAGGAAUUCAGUGAACAGGCAGCGGGCAUCAUAAGACUGUUCAAAGAAAUCCUAAAGACUGUGUGAGUGAGGACACUUAAAAAAGACGUUGAACAACACUCUUUAUUUUGCUGCUGUGCAGCAGUUGGGCACAGCCUUUGAAAUCUAUGUACCUGUUCUGUUGGUAUGAAUAUGAACAGUUUGUAGCAUCUUCUACCUCCCUGUGUGGGGUUAUUUUUUAUGAUGAAUUUACAUGCAUUUUACACUACAUUUUAAAUAAAAUAUUUUAUACUUA